AUGCGUUCUCAUCCAUGCCAAGCGAAAUGCCACACUGGGACCUCCCCACCAUGCACAAUCGAGAUCACGCGUCCGUGCAGGUGUGGGGGAACGGUGCACAGUCUUCCUUGCUACGAAAUCCAGAACAGCAGUCCCAGUGACCACCCAGCAGAAGAGAGCGAGAUCCUCUGUGAUCGCCCAUGCAUGGUUCUCUGCACUUGUGGUAUACAUCAAUGUCGCAGAGUGUGUUGUCUACUUGUGUCUAUAGCUUCUGCCUCAGUUAAGAAGGGAAAGAAACGCGUUGGGCAGGGAAGGGAGAUGGACAUGGGCUUGGGAUUGUGGAAGAGCUGGGGGGCUUGCGCGAUGUCUUGGUGGGAGCCAUCUGUGUGA